CUAAGGGUUCAGAGUUUAGAGGAGCCUCACACUCGUGCAAAAUGAGCUCCCUGCAGGUGUUCUCUCUGCGGCUCGGCCCGGGUCAGGAGCUGCUCGGCGCUCUGAAGGACUUCGUGGAUCAGAACCGUCUCAAGGCGCCGUUCAUCAUCACCUGCGUGGGCAGCGUAACCAAGGCAACGCUGAGGCUGGCCAACGCCACGGCGGAAAACACUAACGAGGUGCUCCAGCUGAGCGGGCGUUAUGAGAUCGUGUCUCUGGUGGGGACCCUGAACCCCGAGGCCCACCUCCACAUCUGCCUCUCUGACGCAGAGGGGGUCACCGUGGGGGGCCACGUGCUGGGGGGCCUGGAGGUCUUCACCACGGCAGAGCUGGUGCUGGGGGAGGCGGGGGGGCUGGCCUUCAGCCGGGAGAUGGACGAGAGGACGGGCUUCCCAGAACUGGUGGUGAAGCAGAGGACGACUGAGAAGUGAAAUCAUCCAAAACUAAAAAGACACACGAAAAAGCUGCAAAUCAAACGAAGCAUUCCUCAACUGGAAAAAAGACGCUCCAAAAACAAGUUAAACAAUAAUAAAAUCAAGGUGAUUUCUCUUGAAAUAAGUACAAAAAUCUGCCAAUAGAUCAAGUGAACAUUAGCUUGGUGAGAGAACUUGAAAUAAGAAGGGAUAUUUAGAUAAAUCACAUCUUGUAAUUAUCUGGAGAACUCAUUUUGAACUAUAUUUCAUCAGAAUCAGGAAAUGUUGUGUUACAAAAUAAGCUCAAAGGUGUUCUGUGUUCUGAUGUUAGUUGGUGAUUUUCUAAUAAACAUGUAAAAAAA